CCCAACUGCCUGCGAUUGUUUCCCUCCGCACGGAAUCGAGUUCGAGACGCGCCUCUUCCAUGGAGAGGCAGAAAACAGAACCGACGGGAACGGCGACUGCCGGAAUCCGUUUAUCGGCAACUCUCUUACUCCUCCUUUUCCUCCUCUCUCGCGCUGCAGCAGCUUCCGACGACGCUUCUCCGCCGCUUUUGUAUCCAUCACUUCUUGGUGAUGCGUGUUCAGGCGUUCAAUGUGGGAAAGGUACUUGCAUACCCACAAGCCACCAGAUCAUUCCCUAUGCUUGUGAGUGUGAAGAAGGGUGGACCAAGCUCUUCAGAUCAAGUGCCUUUGAUUUUCUGCCAUGCGUCAUUCCUAAUUGCACAGUGGACUUUUCUUGCACUAAGCCCCCUAUUCCAGCUUUGGCACCCACAGACCGUCUCAAUUUUUCUAUUUUUGACCCAUGUACCUACACAUACUGUGGAGAAGGAGAGUGUGUGCGGACUUCCAAUUUGUUCCACAGGUGUGACUGCAGAGAAGGUUAUGCCAAUCUUCUGAAUGUGACCAUCUUCCCUUGCUUAAGUGAAUGUUUUCUAACAGCUGAAUGCUCUAGUGUUGGACUUUUUGGGAAUCAUUCGUCAUCAGAUUCUCCAUCCAUCAGUCCAGGAAGCAGCAACGCUGAGCUAGGUCUGUCAGGUCGCACACGCUCAAUCAUUACCUUAGGAUUGCUUGGAGCCAUAAUUAUUGGGAUAUAAAGGAGCAGUUGGAUUUGGAUAGCCUUUCAUCAAAUUUUUUGUACAAAAUGAGUGUUUAACACAAGUCAAAAGGUUGUAUUGUUAAUACCACUGAUAUUUUCUUGUCUACAAGUUUCUUUCAUUGAGCAUUUUUUC